AUGGCCAUUGAUCUCGGCAGCUACGGCUUAGAGGUUAGAACUGUACGGCUCAACAUCAUCAGCAUCGUCCUUGGAAUAGGAAUUGGCCUAUAUGGCCAUCUUGGCCUCUUCAUCCAUGGCGAAUGGCACAUCCAGGCGCCUUUUAUCUUUCUCUUCCAUCUCAUCCUCUACUCUGGUCUUGCUGCUGGAACUGUGGCUUCUCAGUACUAUGGCUUUGACUCGAAACUAUGGAUUGCUGGACUUAUCACCAGUGUCAGCUACCUUGUAACGAUGCUCUCGAGUAUUUUUAUUUAUCGUGUAUUUUUUCACCGUUUGACUCGGGCUGGAUUCAAAGGACCUUUUACCAUGCGAGUAUCGAAACUUUUCCACGUCUGGAGUUGUCGAGCAUCUGGAAAUCAUCACCUCCUAGGAGGUCUACAAAAGCAGUAUGGUGACUUCAUUAGAACAGGUCCUUCAGAAAUCACCAUCUUCCAUCCAGAUGUCUUUGUAGCAACGGAUGGUCCCAGAACAGAAUGCGUCAAAUCCGAAUGGUAUGAUCUCCUUUUCCCGGAGAGCUCUCUCCUGACCACCCGGGCCCGUGAUCUCCACGAUGCUCGCCGGCGAGACUGGAAGGAAUGCUUCGGCCCACAAGCACAAGCACACCACUUUGCCAAAACAGUCAAGCAUGUUGAAAUGCUCAGCGAUAUGAUUGAAAACCAGAUCGAGGAAGCAAACCCAUCUCAGAUGCGUGACUGGUUCUAUUGGCUCGGAUUCGACAUCAUGGGGGACUUUGUUUUCAGCAAAUCGUUCAAUAUGCUACGAGAUCAUGAGUGGCAUCAUAUGGUGAUCCGUCUCCAGCGAGCUUUGUCGUUACUAGGGCCGGCGAGCCCUGCUCCGUGGUUGAUCCAGAUCGCUUUCCGAGUCGCACCGAGGAUCGGCCAGAUUGGCGAUUGGUUCGAGAUGACCUCUUGGACCCAUAAACAAAUAAGCGCGCGGCUGGAAGCUGGUGGAGAGAAGCAGUCGGCCCCUGAUCUGGUGCAUUAUCUGCUCGAGAAAAGCGCAGAACCCCGUUCCGCAGAAGGUGUCCGACGAAUGCGGGGGGAUAGUCUCAAUGCUAUUGUUGCUGGCAGUGAACCGAUCCCCGUGGUCCUUCUUGGCAUAUUCGCUGAGCUGGCUCGGAAACCUCAUCAUGUGGAGUUGAUCUAUGCUGAACUGGCUGAGAGGGAUAUCACCGAUACCAAGGUGCUCAGUGCACUACCACACCUUAACGCUGUAAUCCAGGAGGCGCUGCGUUUAUAUACUGUUCUUCCCACGGCAGGAUCGAGGAAGACGGGAAAAAACGGGGUCACGAUCGGCGGAGUUUUUAUUCCUCCCUACACGACCAUCGUGAACCCCCGCUAUUGCAUCCAUCGAAGAGAAGAUUGCUUUGAGCAGGCCACCGAAUUCAUUCCUGAACGAUGGACCACCCGUCGGGAAAUGGUGCGCAAUGUAGCGGCCUAUAGCCCUUGGGGAACAGCGCAUCACAGCUGCAUUGCUCGCGUCAUGGCCAUUGAUGUAUUGAGAAUCACAGCCGCUCAACUCAUCAAGAAAUAUCGCUUCAACCUGGCCCCUGGCGAGACAGGCCACCGUGUGCUCGAAGAUAUGAAGGACCAAUUGGCACCCAAUCCGGGUCAUUUGGCAUUGAUUUUUGAGAAGAGAUAG